GCUUAGCAUGCGCAUGCGCUACCGUUUUCUUGGCCAGUUGUAUUUUGGCCAUUAGCACGUACGGAGUUGGGUCCGCGCUUUGAGUCCGCGCCAAGUGUGAAAAACAUAUAGAUGCCAGUAAACGCAGCUUUAUAGAAACUAAAAUUAAAGUUGGUGCUCAACAAACUUUCGUCGGUUUUUGUAAAAAAGCGAAAGUUCGUUUUACAGUCGAGUUUCUUACUUGGUGUAUACAAAUCGAAAUACUAAACAACGAAGGAAAGGCAGCAAGAGAAGACGAUCACAAACAAAUAUACCUUUAAUACUUUUAACGCGACGCAAAUAUAUAAGCGUGUGAAAUCACGGGCACCAAAGCAGGUCAAUAGCAACCUUCAUUUCAAUUGAUUUCCCGGUCUGAUCGUCGUGCCAAGAUGCCAGCGGCCAGCUCCAAUCCACGUCUGUUCUUUUAUAUACUAUGUGCUGCUUCACUUCUAGCCGUUUCCAAAUCGGACACCGGUAGUACAAAGAACUCUCAUUUUAUGUCCUACUUCUAUUAUUUAAUUAUUAACUUUAUUAACCCGUUUGCCAUGCCGAUAUUUUUUCGUUUUGUAAAUGUUUUACCAUUGCUACCUCCAACCGAAGAUUUGGCAUACGAUGCGGCCUUGCAGCUUGGCUUACUUAACCAUCGCCUUAAUCUUCUCAACCACGAGGAAGAGUCCAGACAACUUAGCUUACCCAACAUAACACUAGGUAACCUGGUAAACCGGAUACCCUGUAGCUGUGACACUGGACUGUGCAAGUGCUGUGCUGGUUUUCUUUCGGUAAUUGGCAUGAACAGUUGCACUGAGGUCGCAUAUCGUCCCGAUGAAUUUUCGUUUGAGUUGCGUAUGCGCGUUAACAACAAUAUUUGGUUCCGGCAGAAGGUCUCCGGCCAAAAUCCUCCUCCAUUCUGUUUCCGACCGCCACGCUUUAACUUUGCUAAAGCCUGUAUUCAGUUCCAUGAUAUUUGGUUUGUUGGACGCAACAUGCAUGUCUGUAUGUACAUGUCUGGAGAAUUUCAGGGCUUUGAGUUGUUCGAAAGAAACUUUGAUUGUCUCUUGUUCGGGGAUCAUGGAGUUAAAAUCGUUCCCCCAGAGCAAGGCUAUCCAGUGAGACCGAGUGAUGUCGACAUUGAUGAUGGAGACGAUGAGAUCGAAGAUUACGAUGAGAAUGUAGUCCGUAGCUUAGCAGAAAACGUGAUCGGUUAAUUGGUUAUGAUACUUAUCUAUAUUUUUGAAUACCUUAUAAUAAGUAACUUAAACAGGACCCCCAAAUAAAUAUGAUUGUUUUCGUUGGGGAACUUCUCCACCAAAUUACAUGAGUGAGCAGCCCCACCUGUUGCGAUGCUCCCUUCCAAAAUUGAAGUGCAAAAACUGCAAAAUGCCGUGCCUUGUACCUCUCCUGACCCAAUUUUCUCUUUCCACUGGCAUACCCAGCCAGCCCAUUGAAUCACUUAGUAAAAGGGGAGUCACCCAACAAUUUGUAAAGGAUAACGUAACUCAAGGCUGAGUCUGCACCGCAUGUGCAACACCUCGGGUAGCAGGGCUGAGGAAGCCUUUGCUUUGCAUUAAAAUGCAUAUGCACAAGCACGUUGACUGUUGCACUUCGUUUGACUCUCAGUUAACUGUAAUAAAGGACUUUCAGGCUGCAAGUAUGCAGUCCGCUGUUGCUGCAACAGCAGGGCGACCGAGGGCCCGUGAAAGGGGGAGGGGUAGAGUAUUAUUUCGCACUUGACUUCUCUGAAUGCGAGUUGAGCUUCAGUCAAGUGGUGUACAAUAAAAGCGCAUUUUUUUGCACAUGAAAACCUGGUUUGAAUGGUGCAUUCAGAUGAUAUGCUGAUAACAAUUUAUGAAGGCGAUUGGUUACUCAAGCAGAAAAUUGGGACUUUUCAUAAGUGACGAUUUAAUUACCUCUAAUCGGACAACAUUCGUUGACCCCUAAAAGACAGCUCUAUCAGUAAUUUUAAAGCCACUUAAAUAACAAUAAAAAACCCCUGGCCAAUGCAUGAAUGGAGUGACCCCUAAGCUGACCAUAAAGCCAUGCAGGGGAAUGGUGCUAAUUUAAAAUUCAAAUGUGAAUAAGUGGUUAUAAACGCAUUUAGCGUUUGUAAUGGAUUUGUUUACACGACACACACGCGACUUAAACAUGAAACUGACCAUCCUACUGACCAGCCCCCUUCAGCGCAAACAGAUACUGACCUCCAGGGAAGUUCGCAAGGCAAGGGGUGGACUGCGUGGAUAUGACGACCCUCUUUGUCCAGUUUGGAUUUGCGUAGCCCGGCGCAACAGGCUAAAUCACUCCGGGGCAUUGGUCAGUUCAUUCGAUUUUCCACACUACCGCCCCUUUCAUCGGUGUUUGUCCAUUCCCUGAGGUCAAUUAUGUUAUUUCCGCUUCCAAGAGGACAAUAGGGGGAAAAAACGUAUAUCAUGUUUAAGCGGUCGACGAAUCUGUUACAAUAUGACCCACAGGCGGCAAACCAGACUGAGUACAACCUCUUCUUUAUCUUUCGAUGUAAUUAUGCGACAAAAAUAGAUACAGCAUUGUAAUUGAAUUGCGCUUAUUUCCAAGAUAAUUUAAGAAAAAACGCUUAAUGGCUAUUGAAUGUUGGUACAUAUGCAGGGACGUAUGAAACCCCUCUCAGAAAAAUUUACUUUCUUCAAGUUAGGUCUCGUGCUUUCUCUUGUUUUCUGUGUACAAAGAAAAACUGAAAGCAGAAUUAAAAACUACCCCCAAAAGUAAUUAAAAGACGUGGUCUUGUUCCAGACGGAGGUAGUGCCUCCACCCAUAAACGAAUGUUAAUCAAAGCAGAAUUUAGAAAAAUACUGAAAGUCCGCAUGCACAGACUUUUUGUCCUUGGGGUUUCAUUUCUUUUAAAUUUUUAUGUUUCGCUUAGAGCAAGAGUGGGUGGAAAAAAGCUUGGAUUAAUGAAAUGACGAUGUGAAUCUUCUUGUUAU